AUGGCUGAAGAAAGACGGGGCAGGAGGUAUCCACAGAACCUUCAGGGAGUGCUGCAGCUGGCUGUGGAAGCUGGGUCUACCUCAGAGGAACAGGAGCCCACCAGCGUGGAGCCCACCAGCGUGGAGCCCACCAGCGUGGAGCCCACCAGCGUGGAGCCCAUGUCAGAGGAGAGGAAGGUGUGGCUGGGAGAAGCGCUGGCGGACAUCUGCAAAGGCCAAAUGGACGAGGUGGAGCACAUGAAAAGAUGCCUGGAAGUUCUACGCGGGGAAGAACCGAGCGGUCAGGAGAGGGAGGAUGAGGAUGAGGAGGAUGUCCGGGAGACUGCCUUUGAAACACUGACAGAGCUCUGUGAUAAUCUUGACAAUGCAAGAGACCUGAUGACUCUGGGAGGCCUGCAGUUGUGCGUGUCUCGGUACCUUUGUCACGAGCAGGGCGCCCUCCGGUGGAGAGCCGCGGAGCUGAUUGCCUCAUGUGCACAGAACAUGCCCCAGGUGCAGAUCCACCUCCUGGACAUCGGGACCCUGCCCAAACUGUUGGAGAUGGUAGACUGCGACCCGCACCCCACCGCCCGCGUCAAAGCCCUCUACGCUGUCUCCUGUUUGGUGCGAGAACAGGACGCAGGGCUCGAGGAGUUUCUGUCCCGGGACGGCUUCUCUGUGCUCAUGAGAGGCAUGCAGUCUGGAAAUGAAAAACUCUGUAUCAAGUCGGCAUUUCUCCUGCUCAACCUGCUCACGUCACACCCAGAGCAGAGAGCGUCUGUUGUCUCCAUGGGAAUGGUCCAGCAACUUGUGUCAGUUUUGCGAACGCCACACUCGACUUUUCACGAACAUGUAGUUGGCGCUCUUUGCUGUCUAAUAGACAAUUGUCCUCUGGGUCUCAAAGACUGCAGGGACCCCGCUCUAGGCCUGAAGGAGCUACUAAAGCAGAGGUCCACAGAGCUGCAGGGGAAAGAGGAGAGCCAGGAGGAGCUGGAGUUCUGUGAGCGCCUGAGAAGGUUGUGUUUCUCUGGACACCAGUCUGAAGACAGUGGGAUGGACCGCUGA